AGUGUGCAAAGGCGGUAGUUAUAGAAAACAGAUAUUAUCUAUAGAUAACAUUUGAAGGAACGCAGAGAUCUGACUCGGGUCAGGGUCUGUUAGACAUGCUGACGCCAGAGGGUCCUUGAGGCCUGGUUCAUGUGACUUGGAGUUCGCUCCCUUAUGCUUUGAAUUUUAAAACAUCUGGUUUAUACCAACAGGGCUACACAAAGCAAAGCAAGCUGCAAGGGGGUACAGUGCACUCUUCAGGCCUGAUUUCCCUUGCUUGUGCGGGGCUACCGUCUCUUAAUACCACACAAAGUGGUCCCCAACAUUUUGGUUCCUCAGCAAUAGCUCGCUUCUAGAGGCAUUUUGAAAUGCACAAAAUGCAUCCCGCUUUUAGGUUUUCUUGAGGGGCUUGGAUUUCCUCAGCACCUCAGCACCGUAGGGUCCUGAGUUCAGCAGCAAACUUCUGGGGUAUCGUUUCAGUGAAAACAAUUUAUGUGUUAUUCUUUCAAUGCUUGUCUCUCAGGUAACGAGAACAGCAGGUGAUGUAUGAGCCUAAGGUACAUUUUAAUGUGGUGGGUCACAGAACUCAGUAUGCAAAUCAUUGAAGUGUUAUUCAGUAUUAACAUGCACAGAUAUUGAGAUUUUAGUUAUUUAUGUAUUUUUUUCUUCCUGUACAGUUGGAUUCUCUUUUGCUGAGCUGUUAAAGAAAAUUGCUAAGGCAAAGUUCUUCUGUUUGGGAAUGCAAGGGCAGUAGUGGACCUGGAGAAGGGCACAUGAAUUGGAAUUCUAACUUGAAAAGUGAAUGGCAUUUUAGGCCAGACCUAGUUUCUGUUUAGUUUCUUUGCAUACUUCAGAAUUCAGAAAAGUUAGUACAGUUUUUGUGCAACUUUCUUCAAGUAACACCUUUGCACAGCAAUGUCAUAUCAAGUGAACAGAUUAACAUACACUUCUAUUAUAAAUUUGAUAAAUUUUAUAUGAGUGAUUAUUAAUUAUAUAACUGCUCUUCCAGGGUCAAAGAAGUAAACAUUGUGGAAGGACACUGACAUGCUUGGGUGAAAUUGCAAAAUAUACAGUGAUGAAGGAGUAACUCUUAAUUUAAAGGUAAAUAUGCCACCUCUAAGUAGCCUACUCUAAUAUAUCUGUUAUGGAACAAAAUUACUAAUGAAAUGAAUCAGCAUUGGCUAAAAACUAAAUUCUAGGACACAAUGGGUUUGAUGACAAAACUUUGAAAAAAUAUGGUUGACUUAGUAUGGAGUAAUCAGUUCAUCUUUGCAAGAUAGGGAAGAUAUUUUUUUAUGCUGAGGUGACUGGUCCAAGAUAGUAAGGCAGAAGUCUACUUAAAAUUAUUCUCUAUAUGCUCUGUUUCUUUUUGGUAGUUUUUAUUUAUUUUUUUCUGGCACAUGAUGUUGGGGAAAGACAGCACAGAGUACAACUCUGGGAGACCCAGUCCGUGGCAUAGAUAGCAGCUUGCAAAGCCAAAAUGAUCAUCUCCAGAGCUUCUUCCAUCUUGUAAAAAAACCAAGUGUUAGGAAACCUUGUGUAAUAAGUAAGACCAUGGUGCUUGCAAUUGGACUACUGAGCUUCAGAUCUUGGCUAUCCACUUACUCUCUGUACAACCUUGAGAAAAUGUUUAACUUCUCUGUCUCAGAUAUCUGAUCUGUGAAAUGGGGAUAUGGUACCUACCUCAUAGGAUUGUUGUCAUAACAACACAUUUGGAACAGUUCCUGGCACGUGAUAUCCUCUCAUUCAAAAAAACCCGACUUUUAAUACACUUCUACUACAUCAAAUCAACAAUGAAUUGGAAUGCAAAACCAGAGAGUGUCACGGUACCACCAUUGUAUCCCAAAAACCAUUCAUCUUUUUUAGAGACGACUUUAAUGAACACAUCAUCUCAAGGUUCUUUAAACUCUCCUGGAAAUAACCAACCAGCAUGCAUGUUUCUUAGUAAUUCAAACCCAGUUUCACAGCCACUGUACAACAUCAGAAAUUAUAAAACUCCUCAACAAAUCUCAGUAUCCGAUAUGCAUAGUGGGACAAUUGUGGCAUCACAGAGUUCAGUAGAAAGAAUAACAUAUGCAAAUGUGAAAGGACCUACACAGCUAAAUCACAGUUUGCAAAUGUCUUCAGGAGUUGCACAAAAUACAUGGAUAGACUCACCAAUGAGGAAUUCUAUGUUUCCUCAUACAGGAGCAACUGUGUCACAACAAACUGGGUUUAGAACCAAUAUACCCAAUGUAAAUGCACUACAGAAUCAAUUUGUAACAUCAGACACCUAUUCUAUGCAAGUACAGAUGAUCCCUUCUAAUUCUGUAAGAGUUCCUGUAACUUAUCAAGGAAACCAGAGACUUAACUCAUCUUUAUCAGAGCGACAGGGUAACUGGGCACAACAGUAUACAGCCAGUGGACUACCUUAUCCAGAUUACAGACCACUUCCAAGGCAGUACAGUUAUCCAUCACGAAGCUUUUUGCAAAACCCUACUCUUCAGAAACAAAAUCCUAUGCCAUCUGCAUCAUUACAAAUAAGGAAUAGUCUUCCUCCCAAUUCUGCACUGAAUUUAUACUCAAAGCAGCCUGCAACUGUACAGUCCUAUCAAUAUGCAGUUACUCAGAUUGACAAAAGACCUCCACCUCCUCCUUAUGACUAUAGAUAUACAACUCAGCCUUUGCAAAAUACUCAGCAUGUUAUUAAACACUCUUCUAUAGAUGUUCCUCAGAGUCAAGAAGCACACUUACCUGAAAUAAGGAAAACUUUUUGCAGAGGCUUUCAACAGCAAAACAUCAAUGAAAACAUCAGCAUGAUUGGAAAUUUCUGUAAAUUGAAAGUAAAUACUAAUGUCAAUCAGUCUUUUAAUGACCCCAUUAGAUUUUCUGUGGAUGGCGUUCAGAUGCUUGCUCAAAAUAAUCAAGGAGAAAGAGUAGAUUCUUGCAAUCUAUCUUCAAAUCAGGUACUGGACACAAGUGCCACUAAAGAAAGGUUAGUGAGGGAUAUUAAAACAUUAGUAGAAAUGAAAAAGAAAUUUUCUGAACUGGCAAGGAAAGUUAAAAUUGAUAAAAAUGUUUUGAUGGCAGCAGGUUGUAUUAAAGCAACUAAUAACUCUUGUAGUGAAUCAGCUCAGAAUUCUGAACUUUCUGUGAAACAAACUGCUAAAAUCCAGUCUGGACAACAGGUAACUCAAUUCACUCCAAUGACUGCAGAGGAUAAACAACCAACAAUAGCGGAAACUGCAAAAGAAACAAAUAGAACACGCAGUACCUUGGACACCAAUUGCAGAAAUUUUAACCAGGUCAAUUCCAUUUUAAUGAAUUCUGUGAGUUCGGAAAAGGUCCCAGACCAGUUACAUGAUUUGAAAGUUACGACUUCUUUAAAGACAUCAACUGUUGAGACAUUAAGUAAUACCCAGUUCUCAUCAGGAAAUUUAGUCAAUGUUGAAGAAAAUGUACAAACAAAUUCUGAAACAACUUCUGUUCCUCAGUCUAUGACCUUUGAGGAAUAUGCUUCAAAAUAUAUCAAUAAAAAUAGGCUACUUCUCAAUCUGCUUGCACAUGAGGAUAAAAUUGAGAAAAAGUUAUUAAAAGAUGGUUGUGAAACUAUUCAGGAUUCAAAACUAUACAGUUUUGAAGUGAAUUCCAAUACCCAAAUCACUGGUAACCACCUGAACUUGAAAACCGUGGAAGCUCCAAGUACUUGCAAUGUAAAUGCCAAGAUUUCAGACAGUUCUUUUUGCUUUGAGCAUAAAUCCUCAAUAAGUGGAAUACCUUCGAAAAGUGACAGUCACUGUUCUAUGGAAUUGCUAGCAACCUGUCUUUCUCUGUGGAAAAAGCAACCUUUAGAACCUACAGAAAAUAAACAAGGACAUGAGUCAGCAACAAGCAGAACACCAGUUGGAAAUUCAAAGCCUAUAGAAAUCUCUGAUAAGAAUCCAUUUUCAGUUGUGGGAAAUUCUCAGAAUAAGAUAGUAAACUGCUCACAAGUAACAGCUCUGCCAAUGGUAGUGCAGAAUUAUGAGUCUUCAGGUGCAACUAUUACAAAGGGAACAGAACUUCAGAUUGCUGUAGUGUCUCCUUUAAUUCUUUCAGAUGUCAAAACAUUGCCUGUCAAAGGAAUAACCUCUGAAGUUUUAUCUGAAACAGUGUACCCAGUUAUUAAAGAAGGCAGUGUUUGUAGCUUACAGAAUCAAUUGGCAGAAAAUACAAGAGUUACGUCUACUUUGAAAGUGAAUGAACCAGUUGUAGGUACAUCAACAAACACUAAAAACUGUCCACUAAUUCAGAAGGAAAAGCAAAGUAAGUCAGCUGAUGGUAAUUCAGAAGGUACACCUAAUAUCAGUCAAGGAAAACAUAUCAUAUCAGAACCAGAUACUCACUAUCCUGUGAGUGAUCUGCAAGCCUUGUCUAAAUCAAGGAACAGUGAUGUGAGUAAUGAUUUAUUACAGAUUGACAAUAUAUGUUCUCUUGUAGAAGGCGAUACAUCUUAUAAUUCCCAAAUAGCAAAGAUAUUCAACUCACCUGUGAAAAAGGUUGAGCCACAGAAAUCUCUGUUCAAUCUCCAAGUGAUCAGUAGUAUACAACAAAAAGAACCAUUAGAAAACAUAACUGAAAAGGACUUCCAUUUUCAAAAAGAUAAUUUUGUACAGUGCAUGGAUGUUUCACAUAAAAUACUUGAUCAGUCAGAGUCACUGCAGCCUCCAGAAUCAUCACUUUUGAAGAAUGCUGAAACAAAUAGUGAAACAGAGGAAUUCGAUUUGGAGCAUGUCACUAAAAAAGAAACCACCUCUAUAGAUAUGUGUCCAUCAGCUGCUAUUCAGCAGGAGAGUAACACUCAGGAAAUCGUGUCCUGUAAUUACACUGCUCAGGGUCUUGCAGGAAAUGAGGUUCUCAAUGAUAAGACAUCCAAGUUAUAUCCAUAUGAUCAGCUAUCAGAACUUCUGAAAGAAUUUCCCUAUGGAAUUGAAGCAAUGAUUACAAGUGAAGGUCAUGUGGCACAACAGAUAACAGACCAAAUCUCAAAAGAUCAGUCUUGUGAUAAAACCAGCUGUGACUCCAAAGACUCAGCAGACCAAAUUAAAAUUACAGUAUUAAACUCAGAGCAAAUGAAAGAAUUAUUUCCUGAACAGCAUGAUCAACCCUAUGAGGGAGACCCAUUGACAGAAUCUCAAAAAGAAGAUCUGGUCACAAAAGAAGGCAGCCAGUGUUCUGCACCAAUACCUACAGGUGGAGAAAGUUGUAAUUCUGUAAUGGAUUCAGAGAAAGAUGAUGUCCGUUGUUGUGCAUUGGGGUGGCUCGCUAUGGAAUAUGAAGGAGUACCCCAGUGCCAGUGUAAUUCCAUGAAGAACUCAACUUCAAAGGUGGAAGAAGGGAAAGAUCAGUGUUCUUUGGUGACCAACAGUUGUAAGCAAAAAGAACUUACUUCUGAUAGAGACGUUCCUAUAGAAUUUAAAAGUCCUCCAAGUAUUCCUCCAACUUUUCCAGAUGGGAAAAAUCAGUUUCCUGAAAUAGAACAAGGCAGUGAUAUAAAAGAGGCCUUCAAAACAAAAAGCAGCUCACCAAGGACACAACAAGAAUUACCCAGUCAACCUUUCUGUAAAAGUGGUAAAAAACUGGAUUCCUUGCAAUGUCACAAAAGGAAAAAAAACCUGAAAUUUCAUGAGGUAACUUUUCACUCUAGUAAUAAAGUAAAAUUUUCUCAAGAGAGUUUGCAGAGGAAGCUCACAGCACAAAACUCAUAUCCACUAAAAGCAAAGAUAGGUUUCUCGACAAAUAAAAAUAAAGAUGUGCAUAAGAAGAAUGGUUCUCUGGUAUGGCCAAUAUUGCCAGAAAAGAGAAAAUUGAAAACAGGUGACUCUGAACUCAAAGUUUCAGCAAAAAGGAAGUUAGGUGAAGGGAGCAUUCUGGAUUCAGAUAUUAAAAGGAUGAAGUAUAAUAAACAAGAACAGAAUAAAAAUGGAGGUAGUAUAUUUAAAAUAAGUAAUUUUCUGUCAAACCGAGAUGAAAGAGUCAAAGAAAAGAUAAUAUUAAAUGUUAAGUCCUCAAGCUAUAAGUAUAGUUUGUCUAAAAGUAACAGAAUUUUAUCACAGGAGUGUUUACAAAGGCAGAAGCAUAAGGAAACAAUGGGUAUAAAAACAUCAAAGAAAACCUGUGGGAAAAAUAUACCAUGUGAUUCUCAAUACAUGAGGGCCAGUAAAGUUUCUAUGCAAGUUGGAAGUUGUGGGAAAUCAAAUGAAAGACAAAGUAGCAGUGUACAGACCUCUAAAGAAUCAAAUAUUUUUAUAAGCCAUGACAAAAGCAUCAAAACCCACCAUCCUGAGGGGUCUAAAACAAACCUUUUGGAGAAUGUUAAAGAAACAGUUGUUGGAAAGCAACCUGAUAAAAUUUGGAUUGAUAAAACCAAAUUAGACACAAAUUCAAACAAUGUUAAUAAUGGAGUUGAACUCAGCCAGAUGUCAGCUCAAGCAAAGGAGCAAAGGAAACAAUAUCUGAACCGAGUUGCAUUUAAAUGCACUGAACGCGAGAGCAUUUGUCUCACAAAAUUAGAUAGUUUACCCAAGAAGUUGAAUAAAGAUAAAGAGAAGAGACUAGAAAAUAAACCUAGGAGCCCUUUACCUAAGAAAGAUACCACUGAAAAACAAAGCUUGCUGGAGUUUAAAUUAUGUCCAGAUGGGCUGAUUAAUAAGAGUACAACUUCCACUGAAGAACAGAAGGAUCUGGAGCCUUAUCCUAGGAAGGAGCAAGCCUCCAUGCAAGAUGAUAAUGAUUUGGGUAAUUCAAGAAACGCCAAGAGAACCUUAAGUGCAGAUGGAUUUGAGACACUACAAAGCCAAGUAAAGGAUUCAAAAGCAAUGUUUCAAACCUACAAAAAGAUGUACCUGGAGAAGAGGAGCAGAAGCCUUGGUAGCAGUCCUUUAAAGUAAUUUUGAGACUUUAAUUCUUUUGAUGGUUCUGUAAAUGCCAUGAGGAAAUUUUUGUCAUUUUCUGUUCAGAAUAUUUUGCUGGAAGUACACAGAAUUGCUAAAAUAAAAUUUCUUGGUCAGAGUUUGGUGACCAUUUAGGUUAUGUAUAUCAUUGAAAUUACUUAAAAUUGCUUGAGAAUCUUAUUUGUGGGUAGCAGACAAAAGAAGUAGAUGGUAUUUGUCAGGAAACCAUAAUGUAUUUCAAAAUUAUUGAGCCAAGUUUACCAUUAUUUUAAAAGAUUCUUAUACAAAUCUGAUUUUGAAAUGCUAACUAUAUUUUGAGGGAGAACUAGUCUUCAGUUAAGGACUUGUUUAUUUUAGCUGUGAUUGCAAUUAUAUUUUUAUUUCAAAACUUAGUUUUAAGAAGUUAUCACUGUGAAUGUCAAAGUAUAUUCCCAAGUAUUUUAAUACCUAAUUGUAAACUUUGUCAAAAGCCUUGUUUUAUACUUGUUAAACUGAACAGAAUUUUGGAUAAUACUGAAACAUUACUUUUCAUACUUGAAAUAAAUGUUUAUUUUUAAAAAAUAUAUAUUUGAAAUCAAAA